GGAGGCGGAGCGACGCGCGCUACGAUCAUCUCUUUCAACAUACUGACGGCGCUCGCGAAAGAUUCUGCGCGGCUGCCAGGCGGCCGUGCGCGACCCCCGCCACGCGGCGCACCUCGGCGCCAUCUGGCGGCGCAGAGGAACACCUGCUGCACCUGCACACGUGGGUGCGGCUGGCGGCGGCGCAGCUCUUCGGCUUGCUGUUUUCCGCGUGGGAGCCCGACGAGUGGUGACGGGUAUCCACGCAACAGCAGGCGGGGGUCAAGACGGGGAGGAUAGGAGAGGGAGGCAAGGUGGGAGAGAGUGGAGAGGGAGGCAAGGUGGGAAAGACUGCAGAGGAAGGCAAAGUGGGGGAGAGUGGAGAGGAAGGCAAGGGAGGGGAGGAUGGUGGAGCGGAGGAGUACCUGUCCGUGAGAACGCACAAGACGCUGCACAAGCUUGCGAUGCAUUUCUGCUCACAACUACAGUCACCGUCGCUCAACGAAGAGAUCGGAAAUCAGGUGAUAAAGAACCUCGUAUAUUUGGCGAAAGUAUUUUUCCGCAUGGGCGCAAAAUCUACGGCAGAUCCAUCUGGAGGUCAUCCCAGUCAUGGCGAUGGCGUAAAACGAGAUCUGCAUGACGACGAUGACGACGACGAUGGUCCCACUCAAGACGUCUCUGAAAACGUUCGACAAAGAACGUUUCUGUGGCUUCUGAGAAAAAUUUGCAAGGAGGCAAGAAUAGAAUCUUCACAGAAUCCCAAAGCUACAGUCAGGAGGUCAUGCGUGUUCAAGUGGCUUGCAGCAGUUGCACUAGAGCUAGGAGGGAGCAAUCUUUCCCAGUACUUAUACACCAUGCUACUACCACUGCAUAGAGAGAUCACCAAUACGAUAGCAGGUAAUCACAGAUCCCCAGGCAGCAGUUAGGAAAAAGAUCAAGAGAAAUCUCAAGAAGCAGGACAACAGAAAGAGAAAGAUAGAAACGAAGAGACCUGGCAAGAAAAUAAACAAAAGAAAGAAACUGUCAGAAAUGGCCAUACAAAUGGAUUGAAGAGAGACUUUAGGAAGGUAAAAAUUACCAAUCUGCGAUACUUUUUCAUGUCCUGAAUAUAUGGUUUACUAAUGUCAAGUUUGUAAAUAACAUUUAAUGUGUUAUAAGCUUAGCAUAAAUGUUUUCUGUAGUUAUACAAGAACCUUAAUUUUCCGAUGAGCAAGUAUUUUCGUGAUUUUCUCGAGGAACGAAAUGUUGCUUUUUAACGGUACUGUUUGUUAUAUUGUUGCA